AUGCUUCUGGUGAUGAAAUUAGGAUGUCAGUUGAGCGCUAUCAUACAAGUUCCAUUACAGUUGAUACUCUUUGCGAUGCAAAAGAAACGUUUGCAGUUUAUUAUUUUGGAAAUGGAGGCUUAUUAUCAGCGAGCUCAAGAAUAUGAAAAAAAAAUUUUCCAACAAUAUAUUGACAAAUGCAAACCGUUUUAUGGUAGUAUUCUUUGUUGGUUGGCAAUGACAGGUAUUAGCGUUAUACUCACGCCUUUAUUUUCAUCACAAUCGUUUCCGUGUGAAGCGGAGUAUCCAUUCGAUGUGCAACAUCAACCAUUGAAAACAAUUAUUUAUGCUCAUCAUAUAUUAAUUGCUUAUCAAAGUGUAAUCCAAGUUAGCACCAAUACCUUUCCUGCUCUUCUACUUUGGUUUGUAGCAGCUAGAUUUGAAAUUCUCUCCGUUCAGUUUCGUACAAUGACGAGUAUGAAGGAAUUGGUAAACUAUACGCGCAAACAUAGUUUAUUACUUAGAUAUGCAAAAGAAGUAUCUUGUGCAAUUCGUUAUAUAGCAUUAUUAUGCGUGACUUUUAGUACCGGUGCUGUAAUAUUUGGUUAUCUUACUUUUAUGAGUCGUCAACCAUGGACAGUGAAAUGGACGUUUCUUAUGAUAGCUUUUUGUGGUUUUGUGGAACUCUAUAUGUAUGCCUGGCCAGCUGAUAACGUAAUAAGUACGAGUAGCGGUAUAGCGUUUGCAAUUUACGAUUCAUUGUGGUACGAUGAUAAUCUGGCCAUGCAGAAAAUUUUAAUACAUAUCAUAUUAAGAAGUCAGCGUCCAGUCACCAUUUCAAUUCCAUGUGCAUUACCAAACUUGUCCAUGAACUAUUACGCAUCUUACAUCUCGACAGUUUUUUCAUAUAUGGCAUUUGUGCGUAUUAUGAUAGAUCAAGAAUAA